ACAGCAACUGCUGAGGCUGCCUUGGGAAGAAGAUGAUCCUAAACAAAGCUCUGAUGCUGGGGGCCCUCGCCCUGACCACCGUGAUGAGCCCCUGUGGAGGUGAAGACAUUGUGGGAUCCAUCUCUGACUCCCUGCUCCUUUAUGGAUGUGGACAGUGGGUUUGUAAAACAAAAGUUGAAAAGUCAGAUAGUUAAAAGGGGAAGUGAACUGGAAGGUCUAAACUUCCACAACCUUAUUAACCGUGGCUGCUCCCAUUCUGAUUUUGUUCGGCAGUGGAAGUUUCACCUGCUUCUCCAGAGCACUUGGCGUCUUUGUUCCAAACUUCCUUUCUUCAGCCUCACACCAGAGUGCCCUGGUCAGGCUCGGCUCAUCCAUUAGGCACAACGUGGGCAGUACAGGGGAGCCUCCAUACUGUGAAGCCAUAUGCGAAUAUUUUAACUCCUUUUAAAAUUAGAAAAAAAAAUGAAAUAUUAGAGCCUAAGAAAAUGUUUUAACUUUUAAUUCAGCCUAGAUUAUAUUGUUUUUAUACCAAUUCAGUCAUAAAAUAUAAUUUUCCAUAUUUUUAUGGAGGAAGGGGCCCACACAAGCAAGAGUGCUCGGGACUCACAUGUCAGAACACAGCCCUGGUCAUGACCGAUCCUGGCCUUCGUAUGGUUCUGCUACCUGUGUGCCUGUCCGUCUUCUCCAAAAUCGAUGUGGUCCUCCAAUAUAGCAACUGCCAUUCAAUACACAUGUUUGAGCACACAGUGAGCUAAGUUUUAAGGAUUCAAAGAUGAAAAGUCAUGCUGUCUUCCCUGCAGAGGGUGCGCAGACUAGUGAUGGAAACAGUAUGGGGUGCAGGAAAGCAGAAGGCCAUUGCUGAGCAGGGCAGUGGACUCAGCAGAGGCUGAAACUAUACAAGUGACUUGGUUCCAGGUGGACCAGCAGGGUGACAUCCUCUAGCAAAAUUUGGCACCCAAGACAAGUACCAGAAGAAAAGAAGGAUUGCAUGUAUUCCACAUAUAUUCAUGUUUGAACAAGGAGUCAAGGUUUAUGGCAAGGAUAAGAAGGCUUUGUUGGUGGCCUGUUAAGACUAACCAGGGCAAGUCAUGCUGGAUAGGGAAGAAGCUGACCACGUUGCCUCUUGCGGUGUAAACUUGUACCAGUCUUACGGUCCCUCUGGCCAGUACACCCAUGAAUUUGAUGGAGACGAGCAGUUCUACGUGGACCUGGGGAGGAAGGAGACGGCCUGGCGAUGGCCUGAGUUAAGCAAAUUUGGAGGUUUUGACCCGCAGGGUGCACUGAGAAACUUGGCUGCGGCAAAACACAACUUGAACAUCUUGACUAAACGCUACAACUCCACCGCUGCUACCAAUGAGGUUCCUGAGGUCACAGUGUUUUCCAAGUCUCCCGUGACACUGGGUCACCCCAACACCCUCAUCUGUCUUGUGGACAACAUCUUUCCUCCUGUGGUGAAUAUCACAUGGUUGAGCAAUGGGCACUCAGUCACAGAAGGGGUUUCUGAGACCAGCUUCCUCUCCAAGAGUGAUCAUUCCUUCUUCAAGAUCAGUUACCUCACCUUCCUCCCUUCUGCUGAUGAGAUUUAUGACUGCAGGGUGGAGCACUGGGGCCUGGACGAGCCUCUUCUGAAACACUGGGAGCCGGAGAUUCCAGCGCCUAUGUCAGAGCUCACAGAGACUGUGGUCUGCGCCCUGGGGUUGUCUGUGGGCCUCAUGGGCAUUGUGGUGGGCACUGUCUUCAUCAUUCAAGGCCUACGUUCAGUUGGUGCUUCCAGACACCAAGGGCCCUUGUGAAUCCCAUCCUGAAAAUGGAGGUACAUCACCAUCUAUAGGAGCAGAAGAGUGGACUUGCUACAUGACUUAGGACUAUUCUCUCGCCCGAUUUAUCAUAUCCCUUUUCUCCUCUAAAUGUUUCUCCUCUCACCUUUUCUCUGGGACUUAAGCUGCUGUAUCCCCUCAGAGCUCACAAAUAUCUUUACAUUCUUUCCCUGACCUCCUGAUUUUUUUUUCUUUUCUCAAACAUUACCCACUAAGACGUGCCUGGAGUAAGCCACCCAGCUACCUAAUUCCUCAGUAACCUCUAUCUAAAAUCUCCAUGGAAACAAUAAAUUCCUUUUAUGAGA